GUUGGGUCUUUGUUGCUUAGAUAAACAAAACCGUAGAUCUGUCGAACAAAAGUCACCUCUAAGGCUAAGGACUACUUAUACCAGCAAGAUAUUCUUCUUUUAGUUCUCUUCAGAAAUUUGUUCAUUUCCCAUUUCUAGAUCCCCAUUUUUGGUUUUUUGAUCCUAAUUUCCCAUUUCUAGAUCCCUCUUGACUUUGCUUAGGAGCUACAAUAAGAUGGGGAGAGGAAAGAUUGUGAUUCAAAAGAUCGAUAACAUAACAAGCAGGCAAGUGACUUUCUCAAAACGAAGGAACGGAUUGAUUAAGAAAGCCAAGGAGCUUUCAAUUCUUUGUGAUGCUGAAGUUGGUCUUAUCGUCUUCUCUAGCACUGACAAGCUUUAUGAGUUCUCGAGUACCAGGUUGAACACGCUCCGAUCGGAUCAGCAUAGAUCGAUCUUACGCAUGAACUCUUUACUGGAGCGAUAUGAUACAUCAAAGGAGGAGAAUCCAUUGAUGAAUGCAUCUACUGAGGCCAAGUUUUGGAAACGGGAAGCAGCAACCUUAAGGCAUCAAUUUCAAAACUUGCAAGAAGGCUAUUGGCAAAUGAUGGGUCAAGAGUUAUGCAGUUUGAGCGCUAAUGAGCUACAAAAUCUGGAAAAUCAAUUGGAAUUGAGUUUGCGUGGUGUCCAUAUGCAAAAGGACCAACUUCUAACAGAUGAGAUACGCAAAUUAAACCAAAAGAGAAACCUUCUUCGCCAAGAAAACAUGGAACUAUUUAAUAAGGAACACCAUACACGUCAAGAAAAUUUGGACUUGUUAAGGAAGAUCAAUGAAGCGAGAGAUGCAAAUGAGACAGAUAGGAUGUCUCAUUCUCCAAAUGGCUUUAAUCUUGAAGAAGAUAUCAAAGUCCAAUUAAGCCAACCACAACAACAAAACUGUGAUACACCAAGGGGGGAAAAAGCCACAACACUGAGCUGACGACAGUUGCGGUGAUGAAUGGGUGUUAUAAAUCCUGGACCGAGGCAUUUGUUUCCCUUUGAACUUCACUCAAUGACUCUGCAGUCUCCCUCUAAGCAAUCCAAAUAAAAUAAAGCUUGAACAUAAGUUUUGUGCUCUUUUAAUUUCGCAAUCUCCCUUUUCUGGUGUCGCUGGCUGAUUUUGCCGCCAAAUCUUUUAAAACACAUCAUCAAAUUGUCCAAAUAUUCCGAAUAUAUAUCUUGACGUGAGGUGUGCUUAUGAAAUAUACAUAUGAUAUAUUGUAAGUAGAGAACCUUAAUAUUUGGUUUGAGGAUAAUUAUAAAAUGGCUAUCCAUGCAUGUA